CAUACCAUAUUCCUUUUUCUCUCUGCAUUAAAGAUUCUAAUAAUUGAAUGAACAAUACAUACUUAAAAGUAGUUAAUUAUAAGAAAAAGUUCGAGGUUAAUUAGUUGAGAGUGUAUGUACACAUAUAUAUAUAAAUGGAGGGUGGUAGGAAACCUGCAUGGAUGGAAGGGCUAAUGGCGGAGACGUUCUUCGGCGGCUGCGGCGUCCACCGCCACCGGAGGAAGAACGAGAAGAACAUCUUCUGCUUACUUUGUUGCCAAAGCUUCUGCCCUCACUGUUUCCCUUCUCAUCAAUCACAUCCCUUUCUUCAGGUGAGAAGAUAUGUUUACCAAAACGUGAUAAGGUUGGAUGAUUUGCAGAAGCUCAUUGAUUGCUCCUACAUUCAGCCUUACACCAUAAACAGUGCCAAAGUGAUAUUCUUAAAUCAGAGGACACAAUCCAGGUCAUCAUGCAAUAAUAACAAGACUUCUGCCAGUUCUUGUUUCGCUUGCGAUCGAAUUUUGCAGGACCCCUUUAGCUUCUGUUCUCUCUCCUGCAAGGUAUGGUUGAUUUUAUGGCGUACCACGAACAAGAUUUAUCCGACAUAAUCCUCUUCAAGUUUGAUGAUGAGUCUGGUGUACCCUUCUCCCCAUUCAAGUCUGAUUCGCUCGAAAUGACUCUCCACUCCUCUCUCGAAGACGGGUUGGCGUGCAAAAAUACUGCUUGUUCCAGCAGUAGUGCCAUGGGCAAUUCUGGUAUUUCACGAAAUGUCGCGACCAAAAGUGGGCCUCGUUUCCUGCCUAGGUUUAUGGUCUCCGUGAGCAAUAGGAGAAAGGGUGCCCCUUCAAGGUCUCCCUUUUCGUGAAGAUAAUAAUGUUGUCCUUUUGGUUCGGGUUUAGUUGUCCAUUUUCUUAAUUUCGCGUGUAUAAAACUAAUAUUCCGUGGUUCGCUUCCUAUAUUUAAUAAAGAGAUCAAUGUCUA